GUAACGUGUCCGUUACAUUUCUGUCGAUUAUAAAAACACACAAACAACCAAUCAGUUUGUUUGAGUAUCGUUUUCACCUAACCUUCACUUUCCAUCUCUGAGUUUCUUCUCCGGCGAGACCAUGCACCGUUUUUUACGAUCUUCAUCCACUCGAUUGGUCACCACCCGCACUUACCUUCUCCACUCCUUUGUUGUUCCAAGUUAUCGCUAUUUCUCUCUCUUUGCAGCCGACGGUGACGUUGAUGAUGGUGGUGAUGCUCCUCAACCACGGAAAUCCAUGGAGGGUCUUCGCCGGUGCUCAGCUAAUCACGUGCCUUUGUCUCCCAUUAGCUUCCUGGAAAGAGCAGCAAAGGUUUACAGAGACAGAACAUCGCUUGUUUAUGGUUGUCGUAACUUCACAUGGAAUCAAACGCAUCAACGUUGUCUUAAGCUCGCUUCUGCUUUGUCUCAGAUCGGGAUUUCCCGUGGUGAUGUGGUUUCAACUCUGGCUCCCAAUGUUCCAGCAAUGUACGAGCUGCAUUUCGCGGUUCCUAUGGCCGGAGCUGUUCUUUGUACGCUUAAUUCCCGGCUCGACUCGGCCAUGGUUUCAGUCCUACUCGCACAUUCAGAAGCUAAGAUCCUAUUCGUAGACCACGGAUUACUCGAAAUCGCUCGCGGAGCAUUCGACCAUCUUGCUAAAACUAACACAGAACCACCAAUCUUAGUUUUGAUUUCUGAAGGGGAUGACGAUCCAUCUCCAACCAGCAUUGUGCCUUAUGAAUAUGAAAGUUUUUUAGAAACUGGGCAUAUUGAAUUUGAGAUAAAAAGACCAAAGAGUGAAUGGGAUCCUAUAAGUGUGAAUUAUACCUCUGGUACAACAUCUAGGCCUAAAGGAGUUGUUUAUAGUCACAGGGGAGCCUACCUCAAUACUAUCGCGACGCUUUUCCUUCACGGAAUGCAGUCGAUGCCGGUUUAUUUGUGGACCGUGCCUAUGUUUCAUUGUAACGGUUGGUGCCUCACUUGGGGUGUCACGGCACAGGGUGGCACAAACAUAUGCAUGAAGAACGUUUCCCCGAGUAAAAUAUUUGAGAACAUAGCUUUACAUAAUGUGACACACAUGGGAGGAGCUCCAACCGUCCUAAAUAUGAUUGUGAAUUCAUCUGUAAGAGAGCAAAAGCGGAUUUCCAGCAAGGUCGUGAUAUGCACUGGUGGCUCACCACCGCCUCCACAGAUCUUGCUUAAGAUGGAAGAGUUGGGUUUUAGUGUGACUCACUUGUAUGGCCUUACUGAAACUUACGGUCCCGGUACAUACUGUGUGUUGAAACCCGAAUGGAAAUCCUUGCCUCCCGAGGAACAAUCGAAGUUGAAAGCUCGGCAAGGUACGCAACAUCUCGGUUUGCAAGAUGUUGACAUAUUAGAUCCUGUCACGAUGGAGAAAGUACCAGCUGAUGGUAAAACCAUGGGUGAAGUCAUGUUCAGAGGAAACACUGUGAUGAGUGGAUACUUCAAAGACUCAAAAGCAACUGAGGAAGCAUUUAAAGGUGGAUGGUUUCACAGCGGUGAUCUCGCCGUGAAACAUCCAGACGGGUAUAUAGAAGUAAAGGACCGGCUGAAAGAUAUCAUAAUUUCUGGGGGAGAGAAUAUAAGCUCAAUACAAGUUGAGACAGUUUUGUACAGUCACCCAGCAGUUCUCGAAGCUGCAGUUGUUGCACGGCCUGAUAAUCAUUGGGGACAGACCCCUUGUGCAUUCGUGAAGCUAAAAGAAGGAUUUGACAUUGACGCUCAAGAACUAAUCCUGUUUUGCCGGGGUCACUUGCCGCAUUAUAUGGCUCCCAAAACCGUGAUCUUUGAGGAAUUACCAAGGACAUCAACUGGAAAGAUACAAAAAUAUAUAUUGAGAGAAAAAGCAAAGGCGCUUGGGAGCCUCUCUUAAGCAACAAAUGAUAAUGUACUAACCCUAAAGAUACAAAAUUUCUCAAAAGUUUUUUUCAUUAUCAUUUAA